UGCAACGGGACUGCGGCCCCCCAGGAGGGCCUGCCGCUGGCUGACUGCAUCACCGAUGGCAUCACCGGGGCCGUGGGGACGGUGCCCUGCGUGGAGGCAGGUGUGCAGCCCGGCGCUCUGCUGGCGAAAGGAAAUGUGGAGGAAAGCGGGAACUCGUUGGCCGAGGAUGUAGCACGUGGGGACUGCGAUGGAGAGGAGCGAUGCGGAGAAAAGCAAGAGGAGAACACUGCGACGCUGCAGGAGGGAACAGCUGAACCCCAGGCUACAACUAAGCCCCAGGACAUGGGAGCCUGCAGGCAGGAGCUGGAGGAAGGGCAGCGGGCGCUGAGCACAGCAGGCAGUCCUGGUGGGGAGGAUGCGGUGACCCAGGACAGCACCGAGCAGCGAGGGAAUGAUGCCGAGGAGGAAGAAGAGGAGGAGGAAGAGGAGGAGGAGGAGGACACCGAGGAGGACGAGGUGCAGGUGAUAGAGGUGCCGAAGGGGAGCGGCGCGGUCCCCCAGCAGCAGGAGGGCAGCGUGGAGAUGUCCCCUCCCGGCAGCCCCGCUUGCAACGCACCGGCAGAGAGGGCUGGGGAGCAUCUGGGGCUGGGGAAGAAGAACGACAUCUCCAGGCACAGCUACUCCCGGUACAACACCAUCUCCUACAGGAAGAUCAGGAAAGGAAACACCAAACAAAGAAUCGAUGAAUUUGAAUCCAUGAUGCACUUAUAAACCGAGGUGGGGAAUCUCUUAGUGUGCCCGAGAGCUCGCGCUGGUUCUGGUUUUGUUUGUGUCCCAAGACACGGCCUUCACACAGCACGGAUCCACCUCUGCUUCCUUUUUGUAUGUGAUUUCCCAACUACCUUCCCCUUGACAGCAGGUGGGGCAUCCAUAGGACGGGAGUUUGCUGAAGGUGUAACGUCAAUUCACUUCAAGUUCGCCUGUUUCUUUUCUCUCCAUUUUUCAUACCCACACUCACACAGCAGCAUGCCCUGAGCACAUUGCAGUCCUCGUACUGCUGGGGUGGUUGGGGCCACGCAGCCCAGCCUCACUGAGCACAGCCCAACCCAGCCCCAUGCAGCCCUGGGAUCAGUCCAGUCCAGCCUCCCAGCACACAGCUGUGUUCUCCACAUGCUGCCAUUUUGCAUUGUGGCUGCAUUUCUUAAUGUUUCUUCUCAAUUUUCAAACUAAGUUUAGAUGCAAUUUUUUUUUUGAGACAAAGCAGAUUUCAGGGGUAAUGUUUUUUUGCCACCCGAACGCAGCUUUUCCCCUUUCUCCAUUUUAAAGCUCUCUUGUUCAACCACAGUGCUGUGGAUGCGGUCUCUUUCAAACUAUUUUAUGGAAAGCUUUGUCUUGAGUUGGGACUGAGCUUAGCAGAUAUCAUUCCAGAAAGGACUGGGGAUGUUCUGGGAAAGGAGAGGCGGUCUGAGCAGGGUUGGACUGUGACUCCCACCCCAGCACUCCCCUUCAGCCAUCAUUGCUUUUUUAAUUCUCAGUUUUACAUUAUUUCCAGCAGCACUGAGUAUUGCUUUGACUUUUUUGUUCCACAGAAAGGCAAUUAUUUAUUGGCAACGUCAAAAUAAUAAAUGGCAAUUCUGUAUUGUACAAACAAAACACAGUCCUCAUUGUACCAUUCAGA